AUGGGCCAAGCUGCUACCUUACCCUGUAGGAAAGGAGAGCCUUAUGUUACAGAGCUUUAUGAAUGGUUCAGGUAGGAUUUCAGAUUUUUGCUCCUCAAAUCAUCCAGAUUACCAUUUCUUUCUUUUCUUUUUUUGGGUGUAUUUGUUUGAAAUUUUAGCCAAGUGUUGAUGGUAUACACAGACAUGGCAUAAUAAAAGUGCAGCAUUAAAUUAGCGUUGCAGCAUUAAAGAAAUCCAAUGAGUUUGUUAGCUUAAUGUGAAGUACGUCAUAAAAAUAAUCUAAAGGGGUGUCUCAAUUUAAAUAUCUUUACUUCUUUAUUUUUUCCUGUCAAAUGUGUUAUAAACAAGGACUAGUUUUUCAUCUAUUUCUAUAAUGGCAUGCUUCUGACAAGCCUCACUUGUCCACGCUUUAGUAAAGUGGUCCAGAAUUAUUUGACCUAAUUAUCCUAGUGCCUGUAUCCCAGGGUGUAAACAAGCUUUCAAACACAUGUAAUCUCCACUGGCUGUAGAUGGGGUUGACCUUAAUUCUCCUCAUUCUAAAUUUAAAAUGCAUGUAUUUCCUGCUGUAAAUCUAGCUCUUCAUUCAAACCUCCUCUGGACUGAAAAAAUAUCGAUUCCUCAUCUCUAUUUUUUGUGACAGAAAGUUUAUUACUGAGUGUCCAAGCGGGCUGAUCACUCUUCAUGAGUUUCAACGGCAUUUCUGCAAUGGCACAGUGGGCAGUGAGUCAGCUGAGUACGCACAGCAGCUAUUUCGCACGUUGGACAGUAACCGGGUGAGACAAGGACUCCACAUUGUAUUUAUGAUGAGUCUGUAGAGUUUCCCUAUUCAACAGUAUACCGUAGCAGUUAGUAAAUCCUCUCAAUGCUUGUCAGCGAAGUGUUGAUGAGGAUUCUUUUCUCCAGGAUGGGGUGGUUGAUUUCAGAGAGUAUGUUAUGGCCAUCAGCAUGCUGAUCCAUGGCUCAGCUGUGGAGAAGCUGCAGUGGUCUUUUAAGCUCUAUGACAAAGAUGGAGAUGGGGCCAUUACAAGGGAGGAAAUGCUGGACAUCAUACAGGUGUAUUUUCUUUCCCUCUCCAAUUAUUAAUGUCAUUGCAAACCUACAAUUCUAUCUAAUUAGUGUUUCCUUUCUUUCACAGGCUGCUUAUAAAAUGAGCGUUGCAGCAGGUUUAACUGAACCCAACCCACUGACAGCUGAAGAAUGUACCAAAAGGAUAUUUGUGCGAUUAGAUAAAGACAAAAACGGUGAGAAGAUGAAAUCAGGAUCACUCUUAUUCCAGAUGUUUGAAUCACUGCAAUAUUAAUAGAGCACAAUGUGUUUUUCUAAAACGUGAAUAAAAACAGAAUCAGCAAAUCUUUUCCCACCUCUGUUCAACUGAAUAUACCACAAAAUGGGAUUUUUAAUGUUCAAACUAUAGAUUUAAUGAUUUUUUUCCUAAAUAUUCUCUAAUUUUUGAGUUUGGUGCCUGUAACAAAUUCCAAAAAAGUUGAAACUGUGCCCACAAAAGUCUGGGAAAAUUGAGGACUGCCCCAAAAAAACCUGUUUGGAUUCUUCCACAGGUGAACACAUUUGUUGGAAACAGGUGAGUGUCAUGAUUGGGUAUUAAAGCAAGGAUUAGACCAGAUUCACCACUUUGUGAACAACUGUAUGAGCAAAUAGUUCAGCUGUUUUAGAGCAAUGCUUCUGGAUGUGCAAUUGCAGGAAUGUAUGGAUUUUAUUAUCUACAGAAUAUGAUAUCAUCAAAAGAUUCAGAGACUCCAGAGAAAUCUGUGCAUGUGAGCAGCAAUGCCUAAAACAAACAAUUAAUACCCAGCCUACGACUUUCAACCCCUCUGGCGGCGCUGCAUUCAAAACCCCCAAUCGUUCUGUAAAGGAUAUCACCACAUGGACUCAGGGACACUUCAGGAAACUGUUUUCAGUUAAUACAGUUCGUCUCCAUAUCAACAAGUGCAAGUUCAAACUCUACCAUAGUCAGAGCCAGAUAUCAACAACACCAAAAAAUGCCUCCAGCUUCUCUGGGCCUGAGAUGGUCUGAUGUGGAAAAGUGUGCUGUGAUCUGACGAGUCCACAUUUCAGAUGGUUUGGAAAUCAUGGAUGUGUUGUCCUCCAUGGCUAUAGAAGAAAUUGGGCUUCGUAUCACUGUGGGUCAGUGUUGAAGAAAACUCUGAAUAAAGAACCAGAUCAUCUCUUAAAGUUAGUUUGGGAAGGAUAUGCUGAAGUUUUGUGAGGGCCUCAGCUUUAGGUCUAUGUUAUCUAGCAUGAACUGUAUCUGAGAAGGUAAGUUGAUUUGGGGUAGUUAUCUUACACUGAUAAACCUGAAAACACUGUCAGACCAAUGUCAACAUUCACAGGCUAGGAUUAUAGAGGAAACAGUUCUGAAAGAUCCUCUGCUCUUUGUCUCGAAUCACUGUCUGUUCUUGUUGUGUCUGUAGCUGUCAUCAGUCUGGACGAGUUCAUCGAGGGAGCGCUGGAUGAUGAUUGGAUCAGAGACAUGCUGGAAUGUGACCCCAGCACUGUGAAGGUGGAGAGGCCCCUGAGGAGGGACACAACUCUGGGGACCCAUGGUUGA